CUGUGGCAUCUGGGUCUGCCCCGUCACCUCCUGCCAGCGGGCGUUCGACACUUCACCUGGCCUCAAGGUGCACAUAACCUACCACAAAGCAUCGUGUUGACAUCACCGCCACUUCGUGCUGAAUGGCGGUUCUUGUUUUUGUAUGGUAUUGUGUGAUAUUUUUUACACUUUUCAUUAUUUUUCUAUCUGCGUGACUUUACCGAAAGAUACAAUCAAUGUACAUUAAUCAUGUAUGUUUGCAGACAACUAAUUCUUGUAUUCCAUGCUUCGUUUGCUCAUCUCUUGUACACAGAAACCUGGUAUUUUUAUUAUCACCUUCAAAAUAUUCACGUAUUUCCGUCUGUGUGCUCACAACUAUUAUUUGAUUAUUAACUUGGUCUGCAUUAAUUUCUUUGGUGUCAAAUCACCUUCAUAGCAACCUAUUUUUUCAAUAAUCACCUUGCUAAUAUUACAAUCAUAAUGUUUGUGUGCUGACAUAUUUCUGUUCCUUGCUUCUUCCACUAAACUCAUGUUUAUAGAAAGUGUGUGUAAGUCGAUGUGUGUCUGUCUUUUUCACCCGGGCAACGCCAGGUACUUACCGCUAGUAAAUUCUAAUUUUGUGAGAACAUAUAUGUGCAUGUAUGUGUGUGAGCACGCGUUUUUGUGUGUGUGUAGCUAUAAUAUGCCAUGCCGCACUUAAUAGGUGCUCGCUAAUAGUCUAUACAUGCCAUCUUAUCGGCUUACGCAGUCUAUAGUAGUAUCCAAGCCGUUCGGCACUCAUGCCCCCUGGUUGUGUCUCUUUAACUCGCCACAGGUGUGGCUGUGAGAAGGACAAGAACAUCUCGAAAUUUGCAAAGCAGGGAACCUUGUUCUGGUGCUGUCCAAAAUGCCCAGCGGGCAUGGAGACUCUGAACGAAUGUUCCUUUACGGAUUUCGUCACCACGUGCAGCCCCUGUCCUCCAGGCACGUUUAGUGACCAUCCCGGGUCCCGCUGCCGAAACUGCACACGCUGUGAACGAGUGCAGUCUCCGUGUACGAACGCCAGCGACGCCGUCUGCAGCGGUUUCUCAAAGGUCACCAAGUGCACCGAAUGUCCUCCAGGCACGUUUCGUGACCGUUCCGGGUCCCCCUGCAAAAAUUGCACACGCUGUGAACGAGAGCUGUCUCCGUGUACGAACGCCAGCGACGCCGUCUGCAGCGGCCCAGAUGUAUCUGCAAAUGGCAAAGCACAUGCAGCGAUAGCUGCAGGAGCAGCAGUGAGUCUCUCCCUCUGGGUUGCUGUGCUGAUGGUGCUGAUGUUGCUGCAUUCCCGUCGUGCUUCCGUUCAACACAAGGAUGCCCCUCUGAGCGACGUCAGUGCCAUGGAUAAUUUUUCCACCCAAGGCUCCUUAGCAACCCUGCAACGCCCAGACGAAGUUCAGUCAAUGCUGAAUGCUUGCAAUGACAUCGAAUAAAUCGUCGUGUGAGUGUGUGUACAGUGGAAAUGAAUCUGAGACAAACGGAUAUCAGCCCUGUUGUCAGACCCCUCCGAGUCUUUAUAAAGGCCUCAAUACCUGAGGGCUGUUAAGAGGCGUGAACACUGAGAUACAUCUGGCUUCAUGAUAGAGCUUCUCUACAGUUCUUGUAAGGUUAUCAUCAGCUAACACAAUACGCAUUAGCAUUGUUGUGGAGAAUAUAAGUAACAAAUAGAUAAGCACACGAAAUAAUAUCCUUUACAAUUUUUUUCCCUGCAGAUAAAUACGUGAGCAUUUUUGUUUAUAUGUCCUAUCAGCCGCACGGCCUUCUGGGUUUGCUUAACUUCAGCAGCAUUGGUUCAAUACGAGACAACUCUGGACAGGGUUUUUGACUUUCAACUUGGACAGACUCAUUGGGUCAAGUUCACCUUCAACACACACACAACACACACGCGCGCAUAACCCAGUCCAUUACCUGCCUCUGUGAGCCAAGACAUCGGCGAUCGUGACCUUCCUUCCAUUUAGCUCUGCCCAUGACAUUUAUACUCAAGAACUUUGCAAGACAUUCUCCCAGAUGCAUUCCAAAUUAUUCACAUAUCUUGCGCAACGUUCCCGGAUGCCUUCCACGGCUUCUUGGUGGUGCCUGUAACGUCCCCAGUCAAAAUAUGUCUUCGUUUUUUUAAUAAAAUGUCCAUGAAAUCGAA